GUGGCGGUUCGGCCGACUGGGCCUAACAAUUCCCCCCUCCCCCCCUCCUCCUCUCUCUCUCCCUCUCUCUCUCUUUAUCGCUCGAAACUCCGAUCGACAACGCGGUUUCGAGGUCGGAGAUUGGCUCUCGUUGGAUCCACCGAACGAUCGCCAUCUCUCUCGGCUGAACGUGGACAAGGCAACAGCGAGGGAGGUCGAGAUGGAGGUGCGGAACGUGGACAACUCAUCGCCGGCCGCGACGUCGCCGGCGGCCUCAGCUAAGCAGCCGAAGCCCCCGUCCAAUCCUGUCGACACAGCCCCCGUCUCCCGGAGGCUUCAAAAGGAGUUGAUGGCUUUGAUGAUGAGUGGAGAUACUGGAGUAUCAGCCUUUCCAGAAGGUGAAAAUAUCUUCUCUUGGAUAGGUACGAUUGAGGGAAGCAAAGGGACUCCUUAUGAAGGUCUGACAUACAAACUUUCACUGAAGUUCCCGUUGGACUAUCCAUUUAAACCACCACUAGUUAAGUUUGAAACUCCAUGCUUCCAUCCAAAUAUUGACCAAUGUGGCAACAUCUGUUUAGACAUCCUUCAGGACAUGUGGUCUUCGGCUUACGAUUGCAGAACAAUCUUAUUAUCUAUCCAGAGCUUGUUAGGAGAACCCAAUAACGAAAGCCCUCUCAAUAGCUACGCUGCAACACUGUGGAACAAUCAAGAAGAUUACAGGAAAAUGAUCCAUAAGCAGUAUGUGAGUUGACAUAUUUGACUGCCAAAUGCCGACUCCAUAAAAAAAUGCAUCAUUUGCCGUCUCGCGGUAUGCCAUCCAAUCCAAUCCUCUGCCUUUUUCGUUGAUCUGUCUGUAAAAUUUAGUUCACCUGAAUUUGGUUAUUACAACAUGGGAGAAACCGAAGCAUAUUUGCCGGACUCCCUGUUACUCACGCCUGAUAAUCCUAAGGACAAGGAAAAAUUACUACAUUACACGGUCGGAGUAGUUGGAGUUUAUGAUGUUGUGCACAUUAAGUCAGAUACUAAUGGUCAUAUGCUUGAUUCUGGUUUCCAUGACACUUUGCAUUAGUUGCUUGAGAUACAUGUGUAUUAAAGGAAGAAGAUUACUUUUAA